AUGCUGCUUUGGUUAAUCAGUAACCAGAGUGGGAGCACGGCUGGCCAGCCAGCUGGUUUAAAUUCAGGGAGCAGAGGAGACCUCAUUCAGGAUCUUAUUCAGCAGCAGCAGCAGCAGCAACAACAAACGGUAAGAGAAAAGCUUUGGCUCUAACUCAAUAAUUGACUUUUAAUGAAGAAUAUGCAAACCUAGCAGAAAUACAGGAAAUAUUUCAGUGAUAAUAGUGGGACUAAUCCAUUACACCCUUCAAAACCAUCAGAUCAGACUUUUAAUGUCUACGACCGAUGCUUAGGACAGCACCUCUGUCAAAAUUGAACUUCUCAGACAUUUAUUUUCCUCUUAAGUAUUAAAAUUACAAAUAUCUGGAAAAUUAAAAUCUAACAGUACAAAUAAUUUUUUCAACCAGAUCACAUUGAAAAUUCUGACAUUUAACAGAAACAUAAGUAAUCAUCAGUUACUGAUGUUUUAAAUCACUGCCAUUGAGUCAUCGGGUACAAAGGUGGGGUGAUGGCGUCUAAGAACAUUUGAGUGCACUGGUUUUGUUGAUAUAGGACCAAGGCCAUGUCCUCUGGUACAUGUCCAAUCAGAGGAAACUCUAAUGUUUGCUAGACGCCUCCAAGAGUCCAUCAGUCCACAUUUCUGCAUGCUCAUCUCAGAGGAUAAAGUCCUACUUUUGCAUAAGAGCUUUACAGUCAUGAUAAAUUAAGAUGAAAAAGUUGAAUGUGGGGAGAAUUGCUUGGUGUAAACAAUAAUAAACAACCUUUAUCCUAUGAUACUUGGCAGCCCCAGCAAAAAGAUGCAAGAGCCAUCUGAGAAAUAGUUACAUAUAUCAACAAACUUGAGUAAAAUGAUUCUUUUAGAAUACAUGCUUAUCUACAUCUAAGUUUUUAUUAAAUAUAAAUUCAAGAUUUUGAUUUAAAAAUGCCAAAUUUAUCUCAAGUUUUAGGGGUGAGUAAGUUCCAGUAUGAUGGAGACCAAAGCACGCUGAAUGUGCAUCCCAAGUCUGACUGCUCCUUAAGCCCGGUCCAAACAAACAAAACCUGAGUGCAACACCAUUUUGUUUUCAGAUGGUGAACAUACGCAGACUUGCACGAACACAGACAUACGCAGUCAAUGUGUCUUCAUUAUCUAUGCGACCUCUCUAGCAAAGGGUAAGGCCUGGUCUUAUUCACUGACGAGAAAGAGAGAAGAGACACAAAGAACAAUCAAUCCAUCACUGACACACCAAUGUUCCUGCCAGCCAAUCCUGUCAGAGUCAGAAAACCAGAUCCAGCCAGAUUUCUGACACCAAUACUCAGUGCUCAUGAAAACUCUGGCACUUCUCUCUGUAAUCAUCUGAAAUUAAGAAUAUCUGCCUCCUUCCACAGAAAGAAUCAACAAACGAAAGGUAA